CGAGAUCAUGUGAGAUUGCAAAGCAACUCCCAGAAUUCAAUGCGAAGUUUGACCCAGAUUCGAUCAGUCGUGGAAUUUUACGCUCUAUAUUUUAUUUGGAUUUAACCUUAUUUUGUGAUAUUUAUAGUAUAUUUUACGAUUUAGUUGGACAGUGAAUUAGUGCGGAACAUUUGCGGUAAAUUCAAACGGUUAUUUGAACUGUGCAGUUACAUAUUGACGAAGUUCAAUAAUGGACGAGGAGCGUCCCUCAGGCUCCGACGCCAUUUUGGGGGAUUUUCUUACACAAGUGAUGUCUACAGAACAGUCAGACACGCAUCAUGAGCAAGAUGUACAUAAAGGUGCAAUGAAAUCUCGUAAGCGAGAUGCACUUAAUAAUGAACAUUCGUCGCAAGAUACCCAUAAGUGGGGAGACGAUGAUUCUCUGGGGACUAGCGCAAGGUGCGUAAUUACGCAAGAGACUCAUGAGAAACAAGAUCGUGUUAACAACACUGAAUUUGUGACAGAGACUAUGUUUAAGAAAUUCAUGGUCGACCAAAAUCUGGCGAUGCUUGCCAUGAAAAAAUCUUUGGAUGCAAUUAACAAUAUGAUUUAUGUGGAAGCAGAGUCGACAGAUGAGAGUGAUUCGGAUUUGGUAAAAAAUUCAGCCAAAAGAAAGUCUGAAAACGUUACAGAAAAUGCGCCAAAAAAGGCUAAGAUCAGCAGCGAGUCAGAGUCGACCGCGCGUGGAAAAUUACCCGCUGUCAGUCAAAAGGAGGCGGGGCCUUCAGACUUGGGCGGAUGUGACGUAGAAGGAAACAAAAAUGGCGGCUCGGAUAAACAUGAGGAAGAUCUGAAUCAUCUGUUUGCGGUUUCCAACUAUAUUGUAGAGGAAAAAACGUCAGAUGGUGUUGCUACUAAAUUGGCAGACUUAGUUAAUAAGUUGUUAGUUAACAAACUCGAGGAUUCGAAGAAAAAUGACUUAUUUGAUAAGCAUUUACGACCUGAGAACUGUAAGUUGGAAUUUCCUCGAGUGAAUGAUUUUGUGUGGAAUUACUGCAUGAACGAAACUACGAGAUCGACGGAUGUUAAGGUACAUAAAAUUCAGAAAACCUUAUUAAAAGGACUUGGUCCGGUGAUCAAAGUGGUAGAUAGUUUGCUGAAACCUAACAAUGACUUUGACAAAAACAAAGCUGCAAAAGAUCUACUCGAUGGCGUGGCCAUGUUGGCCUCUGCUAAUACUGAGAUUUCUUUGCACAGAAAAGCGUGUAUUAAAAACAACAUGAAACAAGAAUAUAAGAAACUGUGCACAAGUCAGACUGAAAUUACAGCAUACUUGUUUGGUGAUGAUGUGGUUGACAAAAUGAAAAACAUUACUGAACAUAACAAAAUGGCAAACAAGGUAGCGUAUGAAGACAAAAGCUCCAAAACGAGAAUGAAAUUCAAUCCUCGCCUAAAGUUCAAAGAAAGAGCUAAAACAAAUUUUUUAGGGAGAGGACCCCAGCACUACCAGCUGGGGAAUUACAGCAGGAACUACCACCACAACAAUCACGACACAAAGAAAAGCUACACGAAGAAAUCUGCGUCCCACCAGAAGUAGAGAAGCAUUAUCGACCGGGUAUGCCAAAAAAUCCUGAUGGACAAAGCCGAAGGCCUGCUGGUCACACCUCUAUGGGACACACAGAAUUGGUAUCCAAUCAUCUUGAGAAUGUGUGUGAAACCA